AUGGCAUUACAGCAUCAACCAUUCCCAGUCCCAGAAAGUCAGGCUAAAGAAAAACUUGCAGGAUAUGUUUAUGAAUAUCUAGUUCAUAUAGGAGCUUCAAAAUCUGCUGAAACAUUUAAAAAUGAAGUAUUAGCUGGACAAUACAAUGUUGUAAACAGAGCUGUUAAUCCUGGAGAAGCACCAGGUUUUUUAAUUAAUUGGUGGAUUGUUUUUUGGGAUUUAUAUUGUGCAUCACCUGAAAGGAGAGAUAUGAAUCAAUCGAGUCAGGAAGCAAAAGCAUUUCAUGAAUAUGGUUUUAUACCUAAUCCGACACAAAUGCCACCAGUACCACAACCAGGUAUGAUGCCAAAUGGAAUGGGAGGUCAACAAAAUGUUCAACAACCAUUUCCAUCACCAAGUCCUGGUUCAAUUGGUAUGCCACCAGGUGGACCAGGAAUGUUCCCACGUCCAGGUCCUCCAAGUUCAGCACCAUCACCUAGAUUUCCUCCUGGAAUGCCUGUUCAAAGGCCACCAUAUGGUCAACCAGGAAUGCCAGAUGGACAAAAUGGAAUGUAUCCACCACCACAAAAUAGAUUUCCACAAGGACCUGGAAUUCCUCCUGGUGGACCUGGAAGUAUGCCACCCAAUUUUAAUGGUGGUCGACCAUUAAAUCCAGCACAAGCUGCAGCACAAAUGAGGUUUGGUGCAUCACCAAAUCAAUUUAUGGGAAGUCCUGCUGGAACACCAUUUGGACAGAAUAAUAGUCCAGCUCCUAGUCCAAUGAUGCCUCCAGCACCAAGUCCAAGAAAUAUUGAUCCAUCACAACAAAUGGGACCUGAUGGUAGAUUUAUCAUGCCAGGAUCUAAUGGUUCAAUGCAGCCAAUGAUGAAUGAUAUAGUUUCAAAUGGUGGUGCAACACCAACAACACCUUCCUAUCCACAACAUAACAUAAUAAAUGCAUCUCAAAAUCAACCUAUACAACACCAAAUGAACGAUAUGAAUCCAUCAUCAAAUCAAAUGCCGAUGAUGCAAUCGAAUGAUCCUGUUAAUGAAAUAAAACAAUCUCCUGCACAAAAUAAUAUGUCAGGUGGACCAGCUUCUGUUGGUGCCGCGUCAAUGCAAAACCCACCCUCAGUUCAUUCUCAAGGUGGACCCAGAUCAGUGGCAUCGAUGGGUGGUGCUAAUGAUGGACCUCAAAUAUCGAACACUGGCAACUCAGCAACAGACAGUGAAGAGAUUUCGAAAAUUAAAAACAGUUUAUUUGAAGAUAUGCCAGCAAAUAUGGAUAGUGUUACCAAGCAAGAGGGAGAUUUUUUCCAAUAA